UAAUGAAAGUGAAAGACUAAAACUUGUGAAGAUCUUCAGCUACCUGCAGCUGCUUUGAUAGUAUUUGAUGUUUUACAUUCACAACAUUUUUCUACAUGGUUUUACUGUAUAAAUGUUGCACGUUUCUGUCUUAUUCAUUUUUGUACUGUGCUAGGUUUUGAAAACAUUAUGUAAACAUGCAAAUCAGCUUGUAUAGUACACAAAUGAUAUGUAUAGUACAAAAUAUGAUAAAAAUGAUAGCCCACAUAGACUCGCUGUGUGAAGAGUUCUGAAAAAGUGACCUAACUAAGAAAUGUGUCCUAGCGAUUGUAAAAAGUGUAAUAUAGACAAUUUCUAAGGACAUCAACAAGAACAACAGCUCUGACCCACUUUCUGUUUUACACCCUUAAAUUCAGUCCCUUCUAAGAAUCUUUUUGAUAUGAUUUUUAUUUUUUUGAUAAGAUAUUCAUGAAAGUAAUUUAAUGUUAGCUACAACUCAAGCUGCUUCUAGCAGGAACAAGCAGGUUCAUGGAUCUAUGACACCUCAGUCUAGAUCUGCUCUAUAGUCACUUAGUUCAAAUGCAAGAAACCAUCUGAGAACAAGGCCUCAUCCCGUUUUUUCUCACUGAAGACAAGCCUCACUUGUUUCAAUCCUAUUUUAUUUAUUUUAUCUUGUCUCAGAGGGUAAAAAUAAUAUCAGGUCUGAUAACAGCAACGGCUAGUAAUAGUUACUUUUUUAUGAAUAUCAUAAAAAGAGAGUUCUAAAUUGGAUCCAUUCAUUCAUGUGUUGUUUUUAAAUGUAAAAUUGAAUAGGCUAUAAAUGUAUUUUUAUAUCAACGUUCUGUCAUUUUUUACUUGGAAAAAAAAUCUCAUUAAAUCUCACUUUGAGCAGAAAUUGCAUUUAUUUUGUGAGAGCAAAUAUGCUAAUUCACCGAUUUGCAAAGAAAACAGAAAUCUCAGAAAAACAAAAAGGAAAGUCGGGUAAAAAAUAUAUAUCUCCCGCGCAUUAUUAUUAGUAGGUUAGUAGUCGUAAUGAGCGGCGCGUCACACAGAAGCGGAGAUGUGACGUCCCCACCGCGACUAUCCCCUCCCCCUCCCCCUCCCCCACGCUACCGAUCACACCUGCGGCGAUGAAGAGAUGCUCGAGACACGGCGAGGACCACACGACAUGGACGAGGGGAAGGAAGGUGAAGCUAGUUUCAAAUCAUCUAUGGAUGAAAGCUCUGGAUGCACAGUGGAUGAUGCGACAGAUGGUCCUGAAAAGAAGACAAAGAAAGUACAUCAGAGAUCCGAUGAUAGUGAUGGUACCAUGACCCUUGACCCUACUCCAGACACGGACACGGGUGUACCUGAGCUCAGAAGAACUGACAGUGUAAUCCUUAACAGAAAAAUGCUUGGAUAUGCAGCAGAAGAACCUCUGUCAAGUUCAGAGCUCAGCGAGGAUGAGUAUAUACCGGAGACUGAGGAAGAAUCAGACAGUAACAGUUCAGCAGACGAAGAGGGUUUAGCAAAAAAUGUCAAACAACAUAAGAAAGGAAAGGUUAAGUCAAAAACAUCAAGAUCUCAGCCAUGUAAAAGAAGGCGUGUGACACGUUCUAGUUCCUUGGCCAACAGUGGCACCAAAGAAUCCUCUUCAUCUGAUGAAUAUGACACUGAAGAAUCGUCUUCACCUGAUCAUUCCGAUGUGACCGUCAUGAUGUUGAAGAAGAAAACAGAUGGAGGCAGACUGUACAAUAAAAAGUACUACUGCUUAUUCUGCUCCAAACCAUUCAGUAAAAUGGCACGUCAUUUGGAAUCUAAGCACAAAGAUAUGCCAGAGGUGGCAAGAGCGGUCGCAUUUCCGAAAGGCUCUAAAGAGCGAAGACUGCAGCUGAGUUUUUUGAGAAAUAAAGGGAACCGUUGUCAUAAUGCUCAAGUGUUUAAAGAAGGAACAGGAACGGUGAUACCCCGACAGCAAACCAUUGCUCCAGUAAGAGCAAGCGAUUACUUGCACUGCGUAAACUGUGCGGCAUACCUGAAGAGGAAAUCAUUAUGGAGGCACAUGCAGAGAUGCCACCUAAACCAGCAAAUCAAAGGAAUGAAGCCAGGAAAAACUCGAGUUCAGUCUCUUUGCGCGUAUGCUGAACCGUUCCAGACAGCAUAA